CGGAAUGAGCGUCCCCGGGGCGGCUGCCGCUGCCGCCUCCACUCGGGCUCCGGCGGGCGGGCGGAGAGCGCGGCUGCCGGCGCGGUCGCUGCGGCGGGAGCGGAGUGAAUGACCGAGAGGAGCGGCGCGGAGAGGCAGCCCCGGGAUCAGGAUGCGGGCGCCCGCCGGCAUCCUCAACCUCCUGCUGCUGUCCUUGCUGGCCGGCCUCGAUCCCUCCAAGACUCAGAUUAGCCCCAAGGAAGGGUGGCAAGUUUACAGUUCAGCCCAGGAUCCUGAUGGCCGAUGCAUUUGCACUGUUGUUGCACCUGAACAAAACCUAUGUUCAAGAGAUGCCAAAAGCAGGCAACUCAGACAGCUACUAGAGAAGGUUCAGAAUAUGUCCCAAUCUAUUGAAGUUUUAAAUCUACGGACUCAGAGGGAUUUCCAGUAUGUUUUAAAAAUGGAAACACAGAUGAAAGGGCUGAAGGCCAAGUUUCGGCAGAUUGAGGAUGAUCGGAAGACGUUAAUGACAAAGCACUUUCAGGAGUUGAAAGAAAAGAUGGAUGAGCUCCUGCCACUGAUUCCAGUUCUGGAACAAUACAAAACUGAUGCCAAGUUGAUCACACAGUUCAAGGAGGAAAUUCGGAAUCUGUCUACUGUGCUCACUGGGAUUCAGGAAGAAAUUGGUGCUUAUGACUAUGAGGAACUACACCAGCGUGUAGUCAAUUUAGAAACCAGGCUCCGUGACUGCAUGAAAAAGCUCACAUGUGGCAAAUUGAUGAAAAUUACAGGCCCCAUUACAGUGAAGAUUUCUGGAACCCGAUUUGGAGCCUGGAUGACGGAUCCACUGGCGUCAGAGAAAAAUAACCGAGUCUGGUACAUGGACAGUUACACUAACAAUAAAAUUGUCCGUGAAUACAAAUCAAUCGCAGACUUCGUCAGUGGGGCCGAGUCAAGGACAUACAACCUUCCAUUCAAAUGGGCAGGAACCAACCACGUUGUCUACAACGGCUCCCUCUAUUUCAACAAGUACCAGAGCAACAUCAUCAUCAAGUACAGCUUUGACACGGGGCGGGUGCUGGCGCAGCGCAGCCUGGAGUACGCCGGCUUCCACAACGUCUACCCUUACACCUGGGGGGGCUUCUCCGACAUCGACCUGAUGGCAGACGAGAUUGGGCUGUGGGCUGUCUAUGCCACCAACCAGAACGCAGGCAACAUUGUCAUCAGCCAGCUCAACCAGGAUACCCUGGAGGUGCUGAAGAGCUGGAGCACGGGCUACCCAAAGAGAAGCGCUGGAGAGUCCUUCAUGAUCUGUGGCACCUUGUAUGUCACUAACUCGCACUUAACAGGAGCCAAGGUCUACUACUCCUACUCCACAAAAACCUCCACUUACGAGUACACAGACAUUCCUUUCCAUAAUCAGUAUUUUCAUAUAUCCAUGCUUGACUACAAUGCAAGAGAUAGAGCUCUCUAUGCCUGGAAUAAUGGACAUCAAGUCCUGUUUAACGUCACCCUUUUCCACAUCAUUAAAACUGAGGAUGACACAUAAUUUUCUUUCCCUUACUUCCCUCCCUCAAAGCAGUCUCAUUUGUGAUUAACUCUAAAAGCAUCCAUCUCUCUCAGUUCCUUUUAAUUUACAUUUAUUUCUUCAUUAAACAAAAGCAACAUUUUCUACUAUGUAAUGCAUUUCAACUAUGGCUGAACCUGUCAAAAAUGACCUGUCAGAAAUAAAAAGCAUCUUAACUCAUGAUUCUGCAAGGUCUGUCAAGACCUUGUCUUGAAAAGCACUAAAGAGGAUUUAAAUGGCUAAAGACAGUUUUUAAAAGAUUAUGAUCUGCCUUAUUUUAGAGUCAGAGACUAAUGGUGGCUUAAAUGCAUGAAUGUCUUUUUUUACCUCAUUUUUUGUUUUAAUAUAUUGCUUAACUUCAGGAAACACUUUGGUAGUGUCAGACACAUGUUGCACAUUGUAUUUUUUUAUUUAUUUCAAAAGAAAGAUUUAGGAAUUUAAUUUACUUAGACAAGGAGUAUGAUUCAUUUUGCCAUCAUCCAAUUUCAGAUGUGGUGCUGUACAGUAUGUUUUUAAAUCUCUUGCAAACAUUUUAUCAACAGUAUGUAUUUCUACCAUUGUAACCACCAUUGUGCAAUUGUAUCUCUUCACUUAUGUGAAAGUAAACUAAGUACUAUUUUUUAUAAAAUAUAUUGAAGCUUAAUUGCA